AGUUUGGAAUUGGGAAACCUCCGGUUCAGAGGUUUGCACCGUCCUACACUCUGCGCACUGCUCCCUCGCUAAGGCACCGCACGCCCAGCGGACACCAACGCCAGGAUCCUGAGCUGCCGGCAGCAUGGAGCUGGUCCGGGACGGCUUCCGCCUGCCGCUGGCUUACGUGAAGGGGGUCCCGCUCAUCAACUACUUUGCAGAUGCCAUAGAGCCGCUGCAGAGCUUCCAGGCCCGGCCCGAUGACCUGCUCAUCAGCACCUACCCCAAGUCGGGCACCACUUGGAUGAGUGAGAUACUGGACAUGAUCUACCAGGGCGGUGACCUAGAGAAGUGUCGCAGAGACCCCAUCCACACGCGGGUGCCCUUCCUUGAGUUCAAGUGCCCAGGGGUUCCCUCAGGGCUUGAGAGUGUGAAGGACACCCCCGCCCCACGGCUGCUCAAGACGCACCUGCCUGUGGCCCUGCUCCCCCAGACUUUGCUGGAUGAGGUCAAGGUGAUCUAUGUCGCUCGCAACGCAAAGGACGUGGCCGUCUCCUAUUAUAACUUCUACAACAUGGCCAAGUUGCACCCUGAUCCAGGCACCUGGGACGGCUUCCUGGAGAAGUUCAUGGAUGGCGAAGUGUCCUACGGGUCUUGGUACCAGCACGUGCCUCCCUGCCUGAGGAGACCAAGGAGCUCAUCGUCCAGCGCACAUCCUUCAAGGAGAUGAAGAAGAACCCCAUGACCAACUACACCACCCUACCCUGUGAGGUCAUGGACCACACGGUCUCCCCCUUCAUGAGGAAAGGGAUCGUGGGGGACUGGAAAAGCACCUUCACGGUGGCCCAGAGCGAGCGCUUUGAUGCCCACUGUGCCGAGAAGAUGGCGGGCUGCAGCCUCCCCCUCCGCUGGCAGCUCUGAGGGCUGGCAUGGGUCUUCUUCGUGCUGACGAGAAUCUCCUGUGAAGCUCAGUGUGCAGCGCUUGAGGGCUUCUCUAGCUGGCGUCUCUAACAUUGCUAGGCUCCUCCCACAAACCAAUUCCAGAGGCUUCUGAACAGGAUGGUAAUGUAGCAUCACACAAUGCUCCUAGUUCUCUGGUA